AUGCCGCUGGUUUCGAUCUUGGUCGAAUCGGGACUCAAUAGUGUAUUUUGGAUGAGGUUCGCGUGAAAAACUGGAAUUUCGAUCGAUGAACCAGUUAGGAUUAAUGUCCCUAACUGGUAAUUUAUUGAUUUCGGUUGAAAAACGCAAGAAGUUACGAAUCAUCCAACUUUCCACUCACAAAUUGCCUAAUUCCGGAUCCGAAACACCAUAUUCAACAUCAAUUCGAAACAAGGCUUUGAUUAUUCGCAUGCUAUGA